GGAACUCGGAAAAAAACGAGUCAUGACGAAUCAUAACGUCAGCGAACUUCAGGUCGGAAAGUCGGAGCUCUGGAAAGAGGCCCGGGUUCCCGAAUUGGAAUUCCGGGUGGAUGACUGUUGAAAACGAAUUUUACCAGUCGGGGGGCGUUAUUUUUCGUAGUUCUUAGUUGUUUUGAAUGCACAGAACUCGGAUAUGUCCCAGUUGUUUUGAACGUAGCAUUGCUAGGCUGGCAGUCUUCAGAUGUGACCGUCACAAGACAAUUCGAUUUGAGCUGAAAGUAUUUGCACAACGGAUUAAGAUGUCGAAUAAAUAACAUGUGGACUCCAAAAGGUCACCACGCCUUCAGCUGAGGACAUUGCUUUUUGUAGCGUGGGUGUUGGGCUACAUCGCCGUUCUGCUCGGUACUAGAAAGAUGUGGACAGGGAAGUACGUGCGCAGUCCACUCGCUCGUUCACUUUUCAUGAACAUGAUAAGCGAAAGCGAAGAAUCCGGACAAGAAACCCAAGAGUGGUACAAGUGCUCCCCAGACCUGUUGGGGGAGGUGGUUAGGCCUCUGUUUGUGCAGAGCCAUCUGGACCAGGACACCCAGGCUUUUCUGAGACGCAGCAUCGAAAAGUCUGGCUGGAUGUUCACCCAGUUCUACCACUCCUUCAUCUCCACUGUCCUCAGCCCCCUGGUGUCACGCACAUCCAUCAAUGGGUUCCUAGGUCGUGGCUCUAUGUUUGUGUUCUCUGCAGAUCAGCUCCAGCAGCUGCUUCGCGUCGCCCCCGAGUGGCGAGGGGAGAGACUGCUGGACCUAGGGGCCGGGGAUGGGGGCGUCACUGAGGUGAUGGGAGCCCACUUCAGAGAGGUCUACGCCACUGAGGUUUCUCCUCCCAUGAAGUGGCACCUCCAGAGGAAGAAGUACAGGCUUUUAGGCAUUGAUGAAUGGCAGCAUACUGGGUUCCAGUAUGACCUGAUCAGCUGUCUGAACCUGCUAGACCGCUGUGACGACCCCCUGGAUCUCCUCAGGGGCAUCCACCGCUCGCUGGUGCCCAGCACGGGAAGACUCAUCCUGGCCGCUGUCCUGCCCUUCCAGCCCUGGGUGGAGAUAGGUGGGAAGUGGCAGCGCCCUAGAGAGCACAUCAAAGUGAAGGGGAGGAAAUGGGAGGAGCAAGUCACCAACCUGUCCAAUGAGGUGUUCCGGGAAGUGGGGUUUGAGGUGGAGGCAGUGACUCGGCUGCCGUACCUGUGUGAGGGAGACAUGUACAAAGAUUACUAUGUACUGGAUGAUGCUGUCUUCGUCCUGAAACCUGUGGAGGAGUGAAGUCAGUUAUUGUAUCUUGGGGUGCAUCUCAAUUAUCCACAUUUGCAUCCUCAUCUCCUUCCUUCAUCUGCAUUAUCUUAAAACAACCAACCGUCCUUCCAACGGGACUGAACCAUAGAUAAUGGGCUGGUUCCACAGUGCAGGUGACUGCUGACUGACUGAUCUACAAAUGAUUUAGCACCAUACAUAACAACUUGUUUAUUAUUUUUAGAUCAUUAUGUCAGUCAACAUUUGCCCACAAUGCAUCAUGGAUUUGAUGCUCUCAAACAGGGCCAAUGAUAAAGUCCUCUAGAGGUCAAAAGGCUGUAUUAGCAUAGGCAGCGCCAUUUAGGGCUUCCACCAUUUUAAUGUAGUCAACUGGGUGGGACUUCCAACUUAUUUGGCUGAUUCCUAUUGGUGACCCUGUUGGAGUCAUGCUCAACUGUUGCUUUUACCCAUCCUUUGUUUUCAGAUGAAUGCAAAUCGAGGAGAGGAAGCAACUUUAGACUAUUGAGAUGCUUCAUCUGACCUUUCCUAGAGCAUCUGUGUAUAGUAGAUACAGUAGAAAGCUUUCUGACUGGCUGCUGGAUUUGUAUUGAAUUAGUGAAGGUUAAGUAAGAUUUUCUUAAUUACAUUGAGAGUAUUUCUCAUUUACAUUACCACUUUAUCUCUUUAAAGUCAGCUGGGGAAUCCUGGUUUGAAACUUGGGUAGAUCCACUGUUUACCAACUGUCGUGUCAUACUGUGUCAUACCUCUACAUUCUAAGAAACAAAAAAAUGGAUGUUUGCCAUUGAAUAUAAUAACUUGAUUGGAAUAUAAUAACACAACUCUGUAAAUGAUAGGGAGGAUUUCAUCUUCUGUGCCAACAUAUCACUGGAAAUGGUCUGUUCUUGGUUGACGUAUAGUGAUGUAAAUGUAUUGUCUUAUUCUGGGUUAGUUGGUCAUUUCUCCAACAAUAACAUUGUGAUACUGUACAUAUGAACCGGUUGAUCUAAUUGAUUUAGUCAAGCACAGAUGGAGGGAAUUCCUUCCCACCAGUCUAUUUGUUUUAAGGUUUAAUUAGAAGCACACUGUUUCUAACUGUUGUAUUAUCAACUGGGCAGUAACGUUCUGUUACAAUGACAUCUGGGUUGAUUAUUUAUAGCAAUGUGAGGCCUUGUCAGUGACUAUCUCCCAUCUAGUUUUAUAGGCAGCAGAACAAGUUUACUUUAAUGUUCCAGUCACUGUGUUUUACGUAAAGUAAUAUCACCUCAACAAUUAAAAUAUUUUUUUCUGUGA